AUGAAUACAAACUAUCCAUCAAUAAUAUCUGUUGAUCCUGAAUCCAAUGCUCGUUUAUAUGAAACAUCUUAUAAUAACUAUUCACCUUAUACUGAUUAUACGACAACAUCAAAACUAGAAGCAUUUGAUUAUAAUUAUUGGCCAGGAACUCCAACAACACAUAAUAUAUUAACAAUACCACCGACUUCAACAACAAAUCAAAUUAUUGAUCAAAUUCAAACAUCACCAUCAACAAAUCAAACCAUUGAAACACUAGUACCCGGAUCAACUGUGCAUUUAUCACAAAUAAAUUCAUCAGCAACAAUAUCAGCAACACAUCAUCAUCAUCAUAUUCAUCAACAUCUGUAUCCUGUACCAUCAUCAUCCAAUGAUUCACCAAAUUGGCUGACACCAACUGAAUAUCAAUCACCAACGAAUUAUCGUCAUUAUCCAUAUACAAAUAAUACUUUCUAUGAUCAAUCACAAUGGACAACACCAACAUCAUCGUCACUUGCACCAAUUAAAUUUGAAUCUCCAUAUAGUCCACCAUCAUAUUUUGAAUCAUCACAUAAUAUUGAUCAACCAUUAUCUGAUAGUAAAGAAGAACCAUCGAAUUCAUCAUAUUCAAAAUGUCAAGAACAACAAUCAAAUUGGUUUAAAUCACAAUUAACUCCAACACCACCAAAAAAUCCCGCAAACGGAAAAACGCGUACACGUGAUAAAUAUCGUAUUGUUUAUACUGAUCGUCAACGAUAUGAACUUGAAAAUGAAUUUACUAUAUCAAAAUAUAUUUCAAUACCACGUAAAGCAGCUUUAUCAUCUGCAUUAGCAUUAAGUGAACGACAAAUUAAAAUUUGGUUUCAAAAUCGUCGUGCAAAAGAACGUAAAUUAAAUAAAAAGCGACAAGAAAUAUGUUCAAGACAAUUAAAUAAUUCAACUGAUGCUGAUUCACCAAGUGAUGGUGGUAUUGAAAGUCCGACUUAUUAUCAAAAUUAUGUGUGA